UUUGGUUGUUUUUUUGUUUUUUGUUUUUUUUAAAGAAACCUCAUCCUCUGAUUGGCUGUGAGUUAUAAUCGACACGGGAACUCUCUCUCUGAUUGGACAGUAAUCCUUCAGUAAAACUAACGCUUCCUGGUUAUCUGCAAAAGGAGAAAUAAACUUGAUUUUAAACCUGUGCUGCGGUGGAUAACUCGAGGGGCUUCAUUUGAAUGGGGAUCAGAAUGUCACACAGAAGCGGAUGUAACCUGAUUCUGGUCGUUGUGUUCUGUCUUUUUAUAUCAUCCUAUUGUAAGUUUCCUACUCUAGACCACAUUAAACCGAAAUACAGCGACAAGACACAAGGGAGAGCAGUGGUCGAGCUGCUGAAACGCCUGCUCGGGAACAGGUCUACGGAGUUUAUAGUGUCAGUCAACAGAAGCCUUUCCAACGACAGUCUGGAUGUGUGUGAGCUCAGGUCGACUAAAAACAACAAGAUAGUCGCAACGGGCAGUACCGGAGUGGCCGUAACUUCUGGCAUUUACAACUAUCUGAAAUACUUCUGCAACUGCCAUGUUUCCUGGUCUGGUGACCAGCUACAUCUGCCCCGUCCGCUGCCAAAGCUCACCGGCGUCCUGCGCAUCAACACCCAACAUAGAUUCCGGUACUACCAGAAUGUAUGCACUUUUAGCUAUUCUUCUGUGUGGUGGGACUGGCCAAGAUGGGAGAGGGAGAUCGACUGGAUGGCACUUAAUGGAAUCAAUCUGCCACUGGCUUUUACUGGACAAGAAGCCUUGUGGCAAGAGGUUUACCAAGCUCUUGGAUUAAACCAGUCAGAGAUUGCGGAGUUCUUCACUGGUCCAGCGUUUCUUGCCUGGAAUCGUAUGGGAAACAUGUUCAAGUUUGGUGGGCCCCUGCCGCAAUCCUGGCAUGUGAACCAGCUCUCUCUCCAAUUUAAAAUCUUAGAACGAAUGAGAGCCUUUGGCAUGAUUCCUGUGCUGCCAGCCUUCUCUGGGAACAUUCCAAGGGGACUCCUCAGGUUGUAUCCAAAGGCCAAUGUAACCAGAUUGGGGCCUUGGGCUCAUUUCAACUGCAGCUUCUCAUGCUCCUAUAUCUUAGACCCUCGGGACCCACUUUUCCUCCAGAUCGGUUCCCUCUAUUUGUCACAGGUGGUGAAGCAGUUUGGUACGGACCACAUAUAUAACACUGACACCUUCAAUGAGAUGACACCACCUUCCUCUGACCCCACCUACCUGUCUGCAGUCAGUCGCGCUGUUUUUGCCUCACUCACUGCGGUUGAUCCUCAGGCAGUUUGGCUGAUGCAAGGCUGGCUGUUCUUCAGUGAUACAGCAUUCUGGAACCCACCCCAGAUUCAGGCCCUACUACACGGAGUGCCCCUUGGAAGAAUGAUUGUGCUGGACCUGUUUGCAGAGACUGAGCCAAUUUUCUCCUACACAGAGUCUUUCUAUGGACAGCCCUUCAUCUGGUGCAUGCUGCAAAACUUUGGUGGCAACAGUGGAUUCUUUGGCACAGUGGAGAGCAUAAAUUCAGGGCCCUUUGAAGCCUUACAGUUCCCAAACUCCACCUUGGUGGGUAUAGGCAUGACACCUGAGGGCAUUGAGCAGAAUCCUGUGAUGUAUGAGUUGAUGAGUGAGUUGGCUUGGCGCAAGGAGCCAGUAAACUUACUCAAGUGGGUGUCGCUGUAUGCAGCGCGCCGCUAUGGCAGCACACAAGAGAACCUCACAGCUGCAUGGAGACUCUUGUUCACCAGUGUCUACAACUGCACAGUGCCACAUUACAAAAACCACAACCAUAGUCCGCUGGUGCGCCGGCCUUCCUUUCACAUGAAUUGUGAUCUUUGGUAUGACCCAGCUGACCUGUACAAAGCCUGGAAACUGUUUAUUGAGGCGGAUCCAUCUCUCAUGUCCAAGGAGACCUUCCAAUAUGAUCUAGUGGAUUUGACACGGCAGGUCCUACAAGUCUUGACAACAUCCCUCUACAAGGAUAUUGUAGAUGCCUUCCAUCAACAAAAGAUGUUAGAGCUGCUGACUGCAGGUGGAGUUCUGGUAUAUGACCUCCUGCCUGAGCUCAACCGCUUGCUGAAUAGCAACCAUAACUUCCUGUUGGGUACGUGGCUGGACCGGGCACGAUCCUUAGCCCUAGAUGAGGAGGAGGCACAACUCUAUGACAUGAAUGCUAGAAACCAGCUCACUCUAUGGGGUCCGAGUGGUGAGAUCCUGGACUAUGCCAGCAAAGAGUGGGGAGGCCUCAUAGAGGAUUACUAUGCCCAGCGAUGGAACCUGUUUGUUCAUACCCUGGUAGAGUGUCUGGACAGUGGGCAACCAUUCAAGCAGGACAGCUUCAACCAGGCAGUUUUCCAGGUAGAAAAGGGUUUCAUUUACAAUAGAAGACAAUACCCAACUAAGCCUCAGGGAGACACAUAUGAUAUCGCCCACCGGAUCUUCCUUAAGUAUUACCCACAUGCUUUGAAGAGACUAUAGUGAGCAGGGGCUAAGUUUGGAAAAAACAAGAUGCAGCAAGAAGAAUGUCUUCUCUCGCUUCCAGUUUUCCUGUUUUGCACAUGUAGCAUAAUCAGUAAUGGAUAGUUGCACAUGUUGUUGGAUUAGGAAAAAAAGGAUUGUCACUUCAUAUUUAAACUGAUCAAAUAUCUAAUCAUGCCUUAUUAAAGAGGAGGGGAGAGAGGAAAUAAAAAUUAGGACAUGACUCACAAUAGACUGAAAACUCAAGUAUGCAUCCCUUUGUACUGUUUUCAACUGACCUUAAAGAAAUAACUCAACAUUCUUUUUGGAAAAAAAGGUUUACCUUAUCAGAGAAAGAUGAGAAGAUUAACAUUAAUAUGACCCUUAUGUCUGUGUAUUAAAUAUGGAGCUGGGAUCAGUCCGUGGUUAGUCUAGCUUAGCAUAAAGACUUGAAGCAGGGGGAAACAGCUAACCUGACUCUGUCCAAAGUAAAAAUAAGGCUAAACUGUGCUAUUUGAACAUUGUGUAUUGUUUGUUGUAACCUGUGCAUCAACAGAAAUGUAAAAAUGACAGUUUGUAGUUUCUGAGAUGGUGAGCACAGGUUCUGGUUUUGGGUUCUGGCAUCCUCAUCCUCAACAAGUUUUUACAUUACAGUUCCCAUACAGGAACACAAAUGAGAUAAAGCUUGUUAAUUAUUAAGCUUUAGAGAUGUUGGUAGGGGCAUUGUUUUUACUGGGAACAUUCCCAACACAUUGAACCAUUCCUUGAAUAUUUCAGAUAGGCAUUGGCAUGUCUAAGGUAAGAUAAUGUGAAUAUUGCAUCUUGUUCUGACUGACAGGACUGUGCCCCAUAGACAAGUAUCACCAAAACAAGUAGGCUAGUAGAUCAGUCAGCAAACAAUUUGGAUGUCUUUGAUCUUGCAUAACAAUUUUCCAUCUUCAUCAUCUAGCAACAGGUUUCAUUCAUGUGCCAGCAAAUAUAUCAUGUCGCACAAUAUUUCUUUCUGUAUUGUUUAAAUCCUAUUUUUGUAUUUUGAUGACUUAAACUGUUGUGAUUUUUCAACUCAGGCAUGUCAUAAAAGUCAAGACUCUGUGACUAAUA